AAAAAAAAAUUAAAAGGAAACCCUAAUUAACUUUUUCUCGUGCCCCUUUUCUCAUUCUACUUUUCCUCUCACGCCUCCUCUCUUCCUCACUCACCACCGACCACCGACCACCGACCACCGACCACCGCCUCACGCACCACUGCACUCCACCAAACGCAGCAACAACCAAGCAGCAGCAGGCCGCGACCCUGCUGCGUAUUUAGUCUCUCGUACAUCCCUGCGCGUGCGCCACCCUCCCACACGCGUGGGCCAUAGUUGCAGCAACAUUUUACGCGUUCUCCACCUUUCCACAACCGCAACACCACCACAAGAACCACCAUUUUUGCAGCCCCAUCACCCUCUUCAUCCCCAUUUUGAGCUACUCCUCUUUUCAUUUAAAUUAGAAAUUGGAGUUUGUUUGAAGAAAUUUAUAUUGGUGAAUUUUUUGUUGCUUUUACUGGAAAUAAUUUGAGUUGAAUACUUGGGAUCUAAAAACCAGAUAAUGAUGUUUUUAGCAAUUCUUAAGUAAAUUUAAGAGUCUAUUUACAGUGAGGAGAUUCCAGCAUUAUGCUACCUGCAGACCCUACCCAAAGACUUACUCUCCAACGCCGAAUCCAAGAAGGGGACCUUGUUAUAGCCUAUGAGCGCCAUGACCACAUGAAAGCAAUCAAAGUAACUAAAGGUUCCAUCCUGCAAAAUCGGUUUGGAGUAUUCAAUCACUCUCACUGGGUUGGUAAACCAUUUGGGUCCAAAGUUUUCAGCAAUAAAAAUGGAUUUAUUUACUUGUUGGCACCAACUCCGGAGUUAUGGACGUUGGUUCUGAGUCAUAGGACCCAGAUUCUCUACAUAGCUGAUAUUAGCUUUGUAGUAAUGUACUUAGAGAUAGUCCCAGGAUGUCUGGUGCUAGAGUCUGGUACAGGUAGUGGCUCUCUUACGACGUCGCUUGCUAGGGCUAUUGCUCCUUCAGGUCGUGUUUGUACAUUUGAUUUUCAUGAGCAAAGGGCUGCUUCAGCAAGGGAGGACUUUGAGAUGACUGGAGUGAGCAGUUUAGUUACUGUGGGAGUUAGAGAUAUUCAGGGUGAGGGCUUUCCUGAUGAAUUUUCAGGGAAGGCUGAUGCGGUCUUCUUAGACUUGCCCCAACCUUGGCUUGCCAUUCCAUCAGCCGGAAAGAUGUUAAAACCAGAUGGAGUAAUAUGCUCUUUUUCACCCUGCAUCGAGCAAGUGCAACGAUCUUGUGAAACACUCAAAUUAAAAUUUACUGAUAUAAGGACGUUUGAGAUUCUCCUUCGAACUUAUGAAGUUAAAGAAUUAAGUACCGAAGUUGGCGAAGUAGAUGAAGGUAUUUCCUUCCGAUCACCACCUCGCAAAAAACGCCAACAUUCGACUGCAACAGGAAAGGAUUCCGUUGCCACGACAGUGAUGGCAAAGCCUUGCAGUGAAGCAAGAGGCCACACCGGUUAUUUGACAUUUGCAAGACUAAAAUGUCUUGCUUAAGGAGUUUGCCUUGUUUUAUGGAGUUCCGGCCUGCAGAUUUGGAGAAUUAGUGCAGUUGCAAUGAUGUGAAGUACAAAUAAAAUCGUCUUGUAUCGGUUAUAUCUUGGUAUGUUGUGCAGUCCGGAAUUUUGUUGUC